AUGCUUGAAUCUUACAGUUUCUUCUUCAACCGCGGACAGUCGAUUUUCAUGAACGACUCCGUCUUGAGACGAGCGGCACGAAAGGUUCGCCCUUCAGAUGUACUGAACCUCCAGUUCACUUCCGAGGCAACACUAUCCGCCGUGUUGAAAGAGAAGGCCACGGCUCUCCUUGGAGUUCCAAGCAUGUUUCUUGCCGAAUUAGAGGCGCUCCAGAAGUCAGGCUCUCCAAUCAACACCCUGCGAACAGGUCUCAUCGCAGGCUCUCCUGUGCCAGCCUCAUUGAUGACCGAUGUCCGCGACAAGAUGCACGUUGAGGGCAUUCUCAUCGCCUAUGGGAUGACAGAGACUAGCCCAGUCACAUUUAUCACGUCACUUGAGGAUGGGUACGAGAAGAGAAAUACCUCCGUGGGCAGGGCUCUUCCGCAUAUUGCGGCUAAAGUGGUGGAUGCUCAAGGAACCAUUGUGCCACGCGGAACUCGAGGAGAACUAUGCACCAGUGGUUUCGCAUUGCAGAAAGGUUACUGGGAUGAUCAGGAAAAGACGAACGAAGUGAUGAAGGUCGACGAAAAUGGAGUGGUUUGGAUGCACACAGGCGACGAGGGCUUGAUCGACACCGAUGGCUAUGCUCAUAUCACAGGACGCAUCAAGGACUUGAUUAUUCGUGGUGGCGAAAACAUCUCUCCAACUGAGAUCGAGGAUCGAUUGCUCAGCCACCCCGCUAUUUCAGAGGCUUGUGUCGUUGGCCUCCAGGACAAAAGAUAUGGCGAGGUGGUCGCGAGCUUUCUCCAGACGGCGAAUAGCACUGUGAAGCUGACUGAUUCGGAAGUCAAGGCUUGGGUUACGGAGAAAUUGGGACGGCACAAGGCACCCGAACAUGUGUUCUGGAUCGGUCACCCUGAUGUUGGAACCAGUCUGCCUAAGACUGGGAGUGGAAAGUAUCAGAAGCAUCUCAUACGAGAUUUGGGCGAUGCGCUGCUCAACAAGUCAGCGAGGCGGGCAAAGUUGUAA